GGUGGGAAUGUCACAUCACAUCACAGCCCCGUGAGUCAACAUCAGCACUAUCCCAAUGGGUUGUAUUCGCUUUUAAUGACGGGCCAAAGGUUUAUGCUGCAGGACGGAAACAAUGUCGAGAGUGAGGACCCACCCACCUACCCGGAGAAGAGGCUGCCCAUUCCGCUAGGCUCUUCCUGGAUCUAGCGCCUGCAUCUGUUGAGUUUUGGAUAUGAGCUACCCAGGUUACCCUCCUCAGUCCGGUGGAUACCCACCCCAGGCCGGUGGCUACCCUCCCCAGGCCGGUGGAUAUCCACCCCAAGCUGGCGGAUACCCGCCCCAGGCAGGUGGCUACCCACCAGCGGCAGGAGGCUACCCGCCACAAGCAGGCGGAUACCCGCCUCAGUCCGGAGGAUACCCUCCCCAGGGUGGUGGCUACCCUCCCCAGGCCGGUGGCUACCCUCCCCAGGCCGGUGGCUACCCUGCCCAGGCCGGUGGCUACCCUGCACCGGCUGGAGGCUUCCCUCCUCAAGCAGGCGGAUACCAACAGCCUGCACCAGGAGGCUACCCCUCGAUGCCUCCAGCAGCUGGAGGUUGGGGUGCAGCACCUGGUGGCUAUGGAGCGCCAGGAGGAGCUCAGCAGGGAUACCCUGGGGGCCCCGCUCCAGGCCAACCCAUGCCAAAUUACCCCGCAGCCCCUACUAACCCCUCUGGGCCUGGAUAUGGAAGUGGAGUUCCAUCCAACCCUCAGGCGCCUGCUAUUCAUAAAGGAUUCAGGGGUUCUAUCAAAGAUUUCCCAGGGGCCGAUCCACUGAGGGAUGUGGAAGUUCUUCGGAAGGCCAUGAAGGGUUUUGGCACUGAUGAAAAUGCCAUCAUUGAACUUCUGGGGAAUCGUUCUAACAAACAGAGGGUUCCAAUGGUGGCAGCCUACAAAACUACUUAUGGGAAGGAUUUGUUCCACGAUCUGAAGUCUGAGCUCACCGGAAACUUUGAGAAACUGGUUCUUGCCAUGCUCCUGAAACCAUCGCACUUUGAUGCUGCUGAAUGUAGAGACGCUAUAAAGGGUGCAGGGACGGAUGAAGCUUGUCUGAUUGAGAUUUUGUCCUCACGCUCCAAUGAGGAGAUUCGGGAAAUCAACAUAAUCUACAAAAAUGAGUACGGGAAGAACCUGGAGGACGCCAUCAGCAGCGACACCUCUGGUCACUUCCGUAGACUCCUGAUCUCUCUCUGUCAGGGAAACCGUGAUGAGAGAGAGACCGUUGACAUCUCCAUGGCCAAACAGGAUGCUCAGAAACUUUACGCUGCCGGGGAAAAUAAAGUGGGAACUGACGAGUCUCAGUUUAAUGCCAUCCUCUGUGCUCGCAGCAAGCCACACCUUAGGGCAGUGUUCCAGGAGUACCAGCAGAUGUGUGGGAGGGACAUCGAGAAGAGCAUCUGCAGGGAAAUGUCUGGAAACGUUGAGUCUGGCAUGGUGGCCGUGGUGAAAUGCAUCAAGAACACCCCAGCCUACUUUGCAGAGAGGCUCCACAAAGCCAUGAAGGGAGCCGGGACCAAGGACACCACCCUCAUCCGCAUCAUGGUGUCCCGCUCUGAGGUAGACAUGUUGGACAUCAGACAGGAGUACCUGAAGGCCUACGGGAAAUCACUGUACACCGACAUCUCAGGUGACACCUCCGGGGAUUACAAGAAGCUGCUACUGAAGCUGUGCGGAGGCAGUGACUAAAAUCUAAGAAGGACAACACCUCACAAAGGACAUUAUAAACGUCCACACUGAAACAAUGCUAUAGGACCUUAUAUCACCUCUGAUGCAUGCGAUUAGUGUCAAAGACCAUAGUCAAUCAUAUUAAUUUUGUACUCUCUUCAGUGACAUAAUUUUUGCUACUGUGAUAGAUGUAUUAGACAUAGUCGAUGAGUGUCAAAUCAGAUUACAAUAUAAGCAGGAGAUACCACUAUUCUCUUUGGGUAACACUCCGUAUAUAUGGAACUAUAUUGUAACUGUAAUAACUUUAGAGUAACUACAAUAUUUUAAUAUAACAGUACAAACCUAAAAGCUAAAUAAAACUUUAAUUUGGGGAAAUAUUUUUUGUCACAUUUAAAAAAAGAAAGAAAAUAAGACGCACGUACGCACAAGGGCUUAUUUAGAGCGUUGCUUUCAGUGUCAUUUCAAUUAUGCGUAUUUACAAAGAUCUGUGGAUCUGUUCUAAUACAUAUUAUCGCUUGAUGAUUUUCUUUUUUUUUUUUUUUUAAAAAUGCCCAUGUUUACUUUCGAAAGUAGUGAAGUAAACAUAACUUUAAAGAAUCUGUGUGAAGUAGAAUUAUACCCUGCUUGCAAGUCUAUGCAAAUUGACAUAUAGCCAAAGACAAAAAAGUGUUGUGCCUUUUUUUUUUUUUUUUUUUUAAGAGCUGCUGUGUAAACACAUGGGCAUGGUUGACGCUUCGUGGUGGUGUAAUCUUGAAAAUCGUCCCUAAAGAAAUGUAACCUCAACAUUGUUGUAUUUUGUUUACAUCAUGUUUCAUAGUGUUGCUAUGUUCUUUCGCCAGCAGAGGGCUCUGAAGUGUCAAUUCUUACUUUCUUGAAUUACUUUGCUUGCUGAUUAACUAACUGCACUAACAAUGUUGCCAUCGUCUUUGUAACAAAAUAAUGAUCUAAAUGUAUUGCAGGCCAAUUUAAAAAAAAAAAAUAAUAAUAAUAUCAACUUUUCAUUUCAAUAAAAGACAUGUGAGCAUA